AUGACUUUCUUUCGAGUGACCGAGGUUCGUCACCACAAGACGCGGUCUCUGAGGAGCAAGAGAUAUUGGUUGUACCUUUGGAACCAUUGGCCGACCAUCACUCUGAUCUAUUCAUUGGUCAUCUGCAUUCUUGUGACAAUAAGAACCCACCAACGAGCGAUUCAAGAUAUGCCUCUUCAUCUGGAAUAUCCUGUAGAUUGUGGUAAGAUCUUGAAAGGGCAUCCCAGAGAGAUAGAUCUCGUCUGGAAGCUCUACGAAGAGGUUGUCGAGAUAUCUGCGAAUGGACUCAUACCGAUACCUUCGGACAGAGAUGUGGCGGCUUAUGCUGACAACUGCGACUUCUUCAAAGAACAGAGGCGAUAUCCGCGAAGGGCUGCUUCUUGGGAGGAAGAACAGUAUCCUUUAGCAUUUGUGAUAGUCGUUCACCGCAAUGCCGCGCAGGUGGAGAAGCUUCUGCGGGCGUUGUACCAACCGCAGAAUGUAUAUGCCAUUCACCCAGAUGCCAAAUCAUCGCCUGAUUUCUUAAAAGCUAUCCGGAAAUUGGCAUCUUGUUUUGACAAUGUAUUCAUCUGUUCUACGCUUGAGGAUGUUCAAUAUGGAAGACACUCGCGUCUCAUGGCGGACAUAAACUGCAUGCGAGACUUGAUUAAGCAUGAAGUGCAGUGGAAAUAUUUGAUAAACCAAUGUGGAGAGGCUUUCCCGCUGAAGACCAACUUGGAGAUGGUUCGACAACUGAAGAGCUACAAUGGCCUUAACGAUGUUGAAUCCUACCCGACAAUCGGUAAGAAACUAAAUAGAUUUAACAGAUACGGGUCGGACCGGAAGUUGGAGGUCGUCACCAGACUUCAGCACAACCCACCACCGGGUGACAUUGAACUGUUCUCUGGAAACGCGUACAACUCCCUCACGCGAGGGUUCGUGGAGUAUGUCCUGAGCGAGGAGUUGCCACAGAGGUUUCUGGAGUGGCUCGAGGAUGCAUGGUCUCCAGAUGAACACUACUGGGCAUCCCUGAACCGCAUUCCUGGAACACCUGGAGGAUUUGCUGGUAGUACCAUGGACCUUACCACCUAUGUCAACUGGAAGCAUGAUCACCGGCACGUCUGCAACGGCUGGAUUAUCCACCAUCUUUGUGUGUUCAGUUCUACAGACCUUACCUUGAUAUCUUCCAUGCCUCAUCUUUUCGUCAACAAACUCUACUAUUUCAAGGAUCCAAUAGCACUGCAGUGUCUUCAAGAUUCGCUCACGAAUAGAACUCACAAGGUUCAUUUUUGGCUUCCUUGGUCAUGGUGA